AUUGAUACGGACUGCCUAGUCUGCUUCAACAAGUACAACAUCUACAGAGUGCCAAAGCUCCUGGACUGCCAGCACGCCUUCUGCGCAGUCUGCCUCAAGCUUAUCCUCAGGAAAGAAGAGAGUACCUGGAUAAUCACCUGCCCCCUGUGCAGAAAAGCCACUUGUGUGUCAGGAGGACUCAUCCGCACACUUCAAAAUAAAGAAGACAUCAUGGAGCACUUGGAAAACCCCGAUGCAAAUCCUGAGGUACACGUCUCUGCCGCAGGGCUGGACAGCAACAGCUGGACUCAGAGCAGCCAAGGCGCCUUAUACAGAGACGAAAAUGUUCCAGCAGACAACAGACUGGCUAUCCAGAGACUUGUGCUGCUCCUGCUGCUCGUGGUGAUUCUCACUAUCCUCAUCCUCCCGUUUAUAUACUCUGGGCUGAUAAAAUGGGUAAUUUGUCUCAUGCUUGUUUUGGGGUUGGUCAUGUCUAUGGUGCUUUGCUGCACUCCUAAAUUUUACUGGAGGUGUAACAGGGACUCGCUCACCUCCUGCCACAAGGAGACCCACAUCACUGCUAUUGCCUGA